AUGAAAUUUGGGUCCAUCACUAUGAUCCAGAAAAUUGGACGUCAGAACAAUGGAAGCACUUUGACCCAUCAUCACCCAAAAAGGCAUGUGCCACACACUCAGCAGGCAAGUUUAUGCUCAGGCUUUUGUGACCACCAUGAAGUAGUAAUGAUGGAUUUCCUUUCAGAAGGGAUUGCAAUUACAGGAGCUUAUUACGUCUCACUGCUACAGAAAUUGCGGGAGGCUAGCACAACCAACAGGCGCGAAAAAUUAACCAAAGGAGUCUGCCUCCUACAAGGCAACAUCCCUGUUCACAACUCACACAGUUCCCAGAUGGAAGCGUGGUCCCAUGGCUAUGACCUCCUUCCUCAUCCUCCUUAUUCACCUGACCUUGCACCAUUUAAAUUUUACCUCUUUCCGUUUCCAAGAUGA